AUGUCGGAUGAUUUCUCUGCCAAAUACACAAAUUCAAAUCUGGCACUUGAUGCUUUACCCUUUGAUUCAUCCCUCUUUCGCGGGUGGCGACUUCGGCUCCAGGAUGUCGAGCCACCGUUGAGUCCCGGCCUCACGUUGGCGGUUUUGAGGAGAGGCGAUGUGGUCCCCGCGCUCAUCGGUGACACAUUGAGCGAACAGCCCGGCACUGAUGCCGAAAUCUUUUCUUCGGUCAGAGAGGCCAUCACUCUAGUUGCCCCCUUUGUUGGCUUGCCAAAUGUCAUGCCGGCUUCAUUUGGGGUGGUGGCAGAGCUCAAUAAGCGUCAAGUUCAGAAUCUCCAAAUCACUCCCAGGCAAGUCGAUCGGGAAACCAUCAAGCUUGGAAAGUGGUGGUUGGAAAUGAAUGCAAGGGUAUAUCGCGGCGUAGGCAACUCUGAAGUCGGAAUGAUGAUCCGCGAAUUUUUCCCUGAUCUAUCGUUUUGGGCAAACACGACAAUCUUUGGGUAUCUCCUUGGGGGAGGUAACGUCUUCCCUCUCAAAGAGGCAGAACUAGUAGUUGCAGCGGCAAUCAUCGCUUUAGGAGCAACUCGGCAAGCCCGAAGUCACUGUAAGGCCGCCAUUCAACUGGGGAACUCGUUUCAUAACCUUGAUGCAAUACUUGGUAUCGGGAAAGAGAUGUCACAUUGGAGUGGACAUCGACUUCCGCAGAAAGUCGAUCUCCCCAAGCUCGUAAAUGAGCUCGAAGCGUUGAUGAAUUGA